UUACAAAUGAAAUUAUUAGUUUGGAUUUAUAAUUCUAACACAACACUUCAUAGAUAACUGAUAAAAAAAACAUGAAAUUCUAUAUAAUGUUGAUGGCAGCAGUUUUGGCAGUGGCACAAGUCCAGGCCGAUAUGAAAGAGGAAAUGCGCAAACUAGACAUGGCCUGCCGUGAGGAAUCCCAUGUCAGCGCGGAUGCAUUAAAAUCUUUCUUUAGUAAUAACAUGAAGGAUGAACCAACGGAUGCUAUUAAGUGUCACUUAAAAUGUUUUAUGGAAAAGCAAGGCCAUUGGAAAAAUGGUGCCUUUGAUGAAAAUGCUGUCAAAAAGUUUUUACAAGGCAUACCCUCCUUAAAAGAUCAACAGGAUGCUGUAAACAAGGCUAUAGAUGAUUGUAAAAACCAAAAGGGUUCUUCAGAAUGUGAUACCGCCUAUCUGAUCACUAAAUGCAUGACAGAACACAAAGCUAAUCUCAUGUAAAGUGUUAUUGUGAAUUAAACUAUUGUUAUUUCGCAAAUUUGAAAGAACAGAGUUCUAAAUAAAAACAUGGGCUAAUAUU